ACCUCGAAGGGAAGAAAUGUCUUCUGUCAGAAAUACCAUGACUGGCAUGGACAUUGAGAGCAUGGACAGUGAGAGCAUCAAGAAAUACUUGUUCCAGACAGCCAUGAAAAGCCAAUGGGAAGAAGUUGUCCGAGCAUAUAGGCAAAACGAGCGGGCUCACAAGGCAAGGAUCACCAAGUCAGGUGACACAGCAUUGCACAUAGCAGUGUCGGACGGCCAAGAGGAAAUUGUUGAGAAACUAGUAAAGCUGGUUUCCAAAAAGGAGCUGACGCUGAAAAUCCAAAAUGAGCGAGGGAACACCCCUCUCCAUUUGGCUGCAGCACAGGGGAAUGUGAGAAUGUGCAAAUGCAUUGCCGAAGGCCGUGCUUAUUUGGUUGGUAUUCUCAACAAAGAUAAAGAGACCCCUCUCUUCUUGGCUGCUCUCCAUGGUAAAAAAGAUGCCUUCUUGUGGCUCCACUACAUUUGUACUCCUGAUGAUUCUCAUCCAAAAUGCUACAAUUACUGUAGGAGGGGUGAUGGAGAGACUAUCUUGCACUGUUCAAUUUCUGCGGAAUACUAUGACUUGGCAUAUCAGAUAAUUAACCUGUAUGAAGAUCUAGUUAAGUAUGUUAAUGAAGUUGGGUUUUCCCCUCUCCAUCUUCUGGCGAGUCAGCCUUCUGCCUUCAGAAGUGGUAGCCACCUUAGCCCUUGGAACAGAAUCAUCUACAACUGUAUAUUGGUCGAUGAGCUGAAGGUGGAAGAAGCACAUCACUUCCAUGACCGGGUAAUUAAUACAAUUAACUCUGAAAAGGCUGCAGAAUACCCAGAAAACUACAAAACCUGCAUCAACUUCUUGCUGGUGUUCUGGAAGAUGGCCCAAGUAUUUGGAAAAAGAUCUACAGAUCCAGAGAACCCUGAACCUAAAGGAGGAAAUCCAGGUCAUUACAAUGCCUGCUUUGAUUAUGUCAAGCUUUUAUCGAAGGCAAUGCUGAUUCUUCUUGGACUAGGGUCUAAGGAGAUACGGAAGCUAAGGAACAAGAAAGAAAAGCACAAAUGGUCUGUUCAGAUCAUGGACAAGCUACUAAAAAGUGCUUCGACGUAUGAAUAUGAAGACAGUGGUAUGAACCCGCAGGCAGCAACAACUGAUGAAACAAGUCCUUACAAAAUUUCUGAUGGUGGCGACCGUAUCACCCUUGGAAGCAUUGAACCUAGUACUACUGAUCACCAACAAAACGAAAACAAAGGAAACAACGGAACCAUUGGUCAAGACCAAAGAGGAGUCAUGAGAGAAGGGUCGUUGCCGCCAGAGGUGUCGACAGAGAAGAAAAACCCUGAGAUGGAAAAGAAGGAAACACCGAUAUUGAUUGCUGCGAAGAAUGGCGUCACUGAAAUGGUCGAGAAGAUCCUAGAGCUUUUUCCAGUGGCCAUACAUGACCUUAAUGCACAGAAAAAGAAUAUAGUUCUGUUGGCUGUGGAGAACAGGCAAUCCCAUGUGUACCAACUCCUGCUAAAGAGAAAGAUCAUGAAAGAAAGCAUUUUCUGCAAAGUGGAUAAUGAUGGCAAUAGUGCAUUACACCUUGCAGCAAAGUUGGGGGAUUACAAGCCUUGGCUAAUUCCCGGUGCUGCCUUGCAAAUGCAAUGGGAAAUCAAGUGGUAUGAGUUCGUGAAAACCUCAAUGCCGUUCCACUUCUUCGUCCGCUACAACAAGGAAAGCCAAACCGCAAGGGACAUCUUCACCAAAACCCACACCCAGAUCGUCAAAGACGGCGGCAAUUGGCUGAUCAACACCUCCCAGUCCUGCUCCGUCGUCGCCACCCUCAUCGCCACAGUCGCCUUCGCCACUGCCUCCACCGUCCCCGGCGGCACCAAAGAGGACAACGGCGAGCCCACCCUUGAAAACCAUCCGGCUUUCGACAUCUUCGCCAUCGCCUCUCUCGUCGCCCUUUGCUUCUCCGUCACGGCAAUGGUAAUGUUCCUGGCCAUUCUGACGUCACGGUAUCAGGAGAGGGACUUCGGGAAAGCGCUGCCGAGGAAGCUCCUGUUUGGCCUGACGUCGCUGUUUUUGUCCAUCGCUUCGAUACUGAUAUCGUUUUGUGCCGGACACUUCUUCUUGCUCAAAGAUGAGCUGAAAUAUGCCGCGUUUCCGGUUUAUGCAAUAACGUGUUUGCCGGUGUCGUUUUUCGCUAUGGCGCAGUUUCCGUUGUACGUUGAUCUGGUGUGGGCUACGUUUAAGAAGGUGCCGCAGCGGAGUUACAAGGAAUGAUCGUUGAUAACCUGGAAAAUGUGGAUCUGUGAGUUACAUAUGGUCAUCAAAAAAGUUGAAAGUCCAUUCUCAUGAUUAGCAUGAGGCUAAGCGUGUCAAUUGUAAGAGCCCUAAUGUAAUUUAGAGCCCAAAGCCCACAAAGUUCAUGAAAUAUGCAUGCUCAAAGCCUGCUGAAACAACGAGCUUGUUCAGAUUGUUUUCCAGGCAAUAUUAUUAUUAACUUCAUUCCAAAUGGUUUUUGGUUUUACCCAAACUUACAUCUAUCAUCAUGAUGAAAUCAGAAACAGCAAAAAAAAAAAAAAAAAACAAAAGAAAAGAAAAAGGAAAUGCUAGAAAACAAUGUUUGAUUGGAGGCAACUUGUUCAGAGCAGCUAUCAAUUAUGUAUGGUGUUGGCGCCGAGUCUAUUUCCUCAUGAUGAUGAUGAUCUUAAAAAUGGCACACGAUGAAACGAUGGAGAUUCUUCGGGGGCGCUCACCUGCUUUGAGUGAACAGCGCGUGAAUCCACGUGCUAACAAAGAAGUAAAAACAGGACGCUGAGUAACAAAGGAUUUUACCGGCAAGCUCAUCACAUAUUCACAUGUGCGUCUUAUUUAUUUGAAGAAGUAGUGGAAGGUGGCCCUGUCUGUUAUGAGUGUUUUCUCGCUCUCAAAAUCAUAACCGAGCAGAGGGCUUAGCUAUCGAAUUUGCAUGGUAAGAAAUCGAAAUGAUGUAAAGGUUAGUAUUUUUGUUUUUUGUUUGGAUGUAAUGUAUGCUGGGUGGCUAGGCCGGUUUUGGAU